UCCCUUUAUGGAGAAGAAUGAUUUUUGGAAUAUUUCUCGAAGAAAACUGUACUUGGACCAAAAUGGAGAGAUAACAGCAGAUCUGAGCAUUGACAGCUUGUUGGUUCUCCCCAAGGGGGGUAUCAGGGAAGAGAUUCUGGCAUAUUUUGAAAGACAGAGACUUUCUAUCAACCAAGAUGCUUUUUCACAGCUAAAGUUGCUCAAUAAGUCCCUGCCUCAGUCCAAAUGUGUGGAAAGUUGCCAUCCUGGAUUUGUCAAGAGGGCUCGAGAAGGAGAGCCAGUUUGCUGCUAUGACUGCGUUCCUUGUCCAGAGGGGACCUUCUCCACUCAGGAAGAUACACAAAAAUGCACCAAGUGCCCGGAUGAUAAAUAUCCAAAUGAGGCCAGAGUCCAAUGUAUCUUCAAAGCUAUAACUUUCCUGUCUUAUGAAGAACUUCUGGGCAUCAUCCUGGUCUCUUUUGCCCUACUCUUUUUCCUAACCACAGAUCUUGUUUUAAUCAUCUUCAUGAAAUACAGAGAAACUCCCCUUGUCAAAGCCAACAACCGGGACCUCUCCUACAUCCUCCUGGUCUCCCUCCUGCUUUGCUUCUUGUCUCCCUUCUCUUCAUUGGUCAACCAAGGAAAGCCACCUGCCUUCUCCGACAAACAGUUUUUAGCAUCAUCUUCUCAGUUGCCGUUUCUUCUCUCUUGGCCAAAACCAUCACGGUGGUGCUGGCCUUCCUGGCCACAAAACCAGGAAACCGAGCGAAGAGAUGGUUGGGGAAGAGCUUGGCCAACUCCAUCAUCCUCUCUUGUUCUGGAGUCCAAAUUCUCAUCUGCUCCAUCUGGCUGGGAGGAUGCGGAGGGUCCCACCUGGAUGGGCCACCGGGGCGAGCGCUGCGGAAAAGCCGGCCGGCCUCUUUCUCCCCCCAAAGAAGAGCCUUUGCCCCUCCCCCCUCCUCCCCCCUCCGUCCCCUUCGCUCAGCCCAGCAGGCCCCGCGCUCGCAGCGCUCGGCAGCCUCUGGCCGCUGGGAAGGAAGCCGGGGGGCUGCGGGGCCCUUUGGCCGAAGCCCUCUCGGCCGCCCCCGCCCAAGGACUCCGCAGCCCCGGAGGCGCCCCGGUUCCAGCGCCCUUCGGACUUCAGCCCAGCAGCCCCCCGGGGACUCUGCAGGGGCCCCUUCCUCAGCUCUUCCUUCCUCUGCUCAACUUCUCCCAGUGGAUCUCCUGCUCGAUCCCUUUCUCCAGCGGUGGCUGGGAUCUCCAGCUUCCGGGGCUGAGCGAGGCUCCCGGGGAUUUGGGGCUGGUUGUUCAGAAAUGGACCCAAACGAGCUGCUGCGGCCAUCCCUUGACAGACCCAGAACGUCCUUGGAGACCCCUGGAAAGUGACCUUGUUUGUCCUUGGGUCUAUGCAUUGGUUGGCCUCUGCGUUUUCUUCCACCAGUGCAGGAAAAGGUGUCUGCAAGUGUCACCAGAGGGACGAAGUGAAGAUGUGGAGGCCGCCAUCAUCAUGGUGGAACCGGACAUACCGGAACCCAUCAACCCCAACCUCACCAUCAUUGAUGAACGAAGGAGGAUGUCAGACGUUCUUCCUUGCUAA